UUGAAAUCGAAAUUAAUUGUAGCCAAUCCUAAUGCAGAUUUUACACUGCUAUUUCAUCUUGUAGCUCAAUCUAUAUAAACUGGAGCCGACAAACCCAGAACCAGAUGCUGCAACCAUGGAGUACUCAAUUACCACCAUUGGAGCUGCCACACUUGUGUUUGUGGUGUUAAUGUACUGUUUAUACUCUUCUUCAAGAAAGGAUUCCGAAAAACGACAACCACCACAAGCCGGCGGCGCAUUGCCAUUCAUCGGCCACCUUCAUCUCUUAGUUGGGUCCAAACCAGCACACGUUGCUUUAGGAGACAUGGCGGACAAGUACGGUCCGAUAUUCACAUUCAAGCUAGGCGUACACCGUGCCAUUAUCGUUAGCAACUUCGAGGUCGCUAAAGAGUGCUUCACCACCAACGACAAGGUUUUCGCCGACCGGCCGAUAAUUCUAGCCUCCGAAGUCAUGUGCUACGAUCUGGCCAUGUUCGGGUUCAGCUCAUACGGUCCUUACUGGCGCCACAUCCGCAAGAUAGCAACGGUCGAGCUUCUCUCUAACCACCGCCUCGAGAUGCUCAAACACGUGAGGGAAUCCGAAGUGAACGCAUCGAUAAAAGAGAUUUGCGAGAUCUCGGAAAACAAAAAUCCAAUUGAAAUGAAGAGAUGGUUGGGAGAUUUGAAUCUGAACUUGAUUUGCAGGAUGAUUUCGGGGACGAGUUAUGCGGGCGGGGCGAGGAGGACGAAGGAUGAGAAGGAAGACAAGAAGCGGUGUGAGGAGGCGGUGAGGGCGUUUAUUGAGCUGGCGGGGACAUUCGCGGUGGCGGAUGCGCUGCCUUAUCUGAGAAGGUUUGAUUUGGGAGGAACUGAGAAGGCCAUGAAAAGGACUGCGGAAGAUCUGGAUCAGAUUCUUCAAGGUUGGUUGGAUGAACAUAAGAAGAAGAAGAAGAUGGGGAUUUCUGGGGAGGACUUUAUGGAUGUGAUGUUAUCAAUUUGUGAUGAUGAGGCAACUGAGCUUCACAGUUAUGAUUCAGACACCAUCAUCAAGGCCACUUGCUUGAAUCUAGUGUUAGCAGGAGCAGACACCGCUACCGUAGCUCUGACUUGGGCUUUAUGUUUGUUACUCAACAAUCUUGAUGUCCUAAAGAAAGCCCAAGAAGAACUAGACACCCAUGUUGGCAGAGGAAGGCAAGUCCAGGAAUCAGACAUUGAGAACUUGGUGUAUCUACAAGCAAUCCUCAAAGAAACCCUGCGCAUAUACCCUCCAACGCCACUCAACGCGCUGCAUAUAUCGUCGAAAGAUUGCUCCGUCAGCGGCUACCACGUCCCUAAAGGCACUCGUUUGUUCGUCAACAUAGGAAAGAUUCAUCGCGAUUCAAAUGUAUGGGCGGAUCCUGAUGAAUUCCGACCGGAGAGAUUCCUGACAACGCAUAAGGAUUUUGAUGUUCGAGGGCAACAUCACGAGCUUGUACCGUUUGGUGCAGGUCGAAGAAUGUGUCCUGGAAUCUCAUUUGCCCUUCAGGUUAUGUUGUUUACUUUUGCGAAGUUGCUUCAUGGGUUUGAAAUUGCGAGCGCAGAUGGUGAACCAAUCGACAUGACCGGAAGUCCGGGAUUAACCAACCUCAAAGCUACUCCACUUGAACUCAUGCUUUCGCCUCGCCUCCCUACCCACCUUUAUAAUUGAACAAGAUUUGUUGCCACUUGUCAUUUGUGUUUCUUUUGUUAUGUCACUUGAUUUAUUUGUUCUUAAGCAUUUUUAACAUGGUCAUUGCUGUCCUCGAAAGUUAAUGCACAGAAAGUUCAAUUCAAAUAUUCUACCAAAAAA